GAUAAGCAUAAGAAAAAAAAAAUUAGGCCAAACACCCCUCAGAAGUCCAACCUCUGUAGAUCUACCGACAUCCUCUGUCCUGAAUAUCCGCCCAGAUCAUGUAGAAGAAGAAGCCAUUGAUGUGAUUAGUCAUAGCUGAAGAAAGGAAUAUACAGGUAUAGUGUUUUGUUAUAAGAUAAUCAAGAAUGGCUCCCUUCCUGACCAACUAUCAACUGGGAAAGACACUUGGUAUUGGAACUCUUGGAAAAGUGAAGAUUGCUAAGCAUACCGAGACCGGGGAAACUGUGGCGAUCAAGAUCUAUAACAAGAGAAAAGCUGUUAACCUUGAUAUGCUUCAACAGAUAAAAAUGGAAAUUGCAACUAUGAAGUUGCUAAAGCAUCCAAAUGUGGUCCGCUUAUACGAGGUUAUAGGGACCCCUUCAGACAUAUACGUCAUACUCGAGUAUCUCCGCGGGGGAAAUCUUUCGGAUAAAAUUGUGGAACAUGGACGAAUGAAUGAAGAUGAAGCCAGAUAUUAUUUUCAACAGCUCAUUAAUGCUGUUGAUUAUUGCCAUAGUAGGGGCAUCUAUCAUAGAGAUCUAAAGCCAAAAAAUUUGCUUCUGGAUGCAUCUGGCAACCUCAAAGUUACAGAUUUUGUAUGGAGUGCCCUUGCUCAACAAGUUGAGGCCGACGGCUUGCUUCACACGAAGUGUGGAACUACAAAUUAUGCCGCUCCUGAGGUGUUGAGUGAUAAAGGAUAUGACGGGGCAGCUGCAGAUUUAUGGUCGUGUGGAGUCAUACUCUUUGAAUUACUUGCGGGUUACAUGCCAUUUGAUGAUUCUAAUCGUAUGAACCUACUUGGAAGAAUUAAAGCUGCAGAGUUCACUUGUCCUUCAUGGCUCUCCUUAGAUACAAAAAGGUUGAUACAUCGCUUAUUGGAUCCUGACCGCUCUACUCGGAUAACAUUACCUGAGCUUUUGAAUGAUGAGUGGUUUAAAAAGGAUUUCAAACAGCCUGAAUUUCUGGAAAAAGAAGAGACAAAUUUUGAUGAUGUGGAAGCAGCUUUUCAAGUUUCGGAAGAAGAGGUAGGAGCUUCACUUUUAGCACACAAGGCGGCGCUACAGUUUUUAGAAGGCAUACAGAACUACAGAUUAGAAGAGAUAUUAUCUGCCACCAACAACUUUUCGGAUGGAAAUCUCAUUACGGAAGGUAGAUUAGGAAAGGUGUACAAAGGACAACAUUUGCAGUAUGGGAAUUUGGUGAAUUUUUCCGUACGAAGGUUAGAUCGUAACUACGGGCAGGGAGACGAGUUUGAGACGGAGAUUUCAAUGCUUAAGAGUCUCCAACAUAAAAAUAUUGUUUCCUUCUUUUGGCUUUUUGAUGAGGAUAAUGAAAAGAUAAUAAUUUACAAACAAUCAGUUCAUGGAACUCUUGACCAACAUCUGAAUGAUCCAACUCUCACAUGGUCUCAAAGACUUCAAAUAUGUUUAGGUGUUGCUAAUGCAUUGAACUACAUCCAUUAUGAUCUCAUACAUUGUGACAUCAGUAGCUCUAAAAUAUUUUUAGAUAAUAAUUGGGAACCCAAGAUGUACGGUUUUGAACUUUCCACAAAAUAUCCUCAAAGUUGGAGGCAUCGCCUUCUCUUCUUUCGCUACUUUGGUAACAUCAAUAUGACACCCAAAUAUGAUGUUUGCUCUUUUGGUGUGUUAUUGUUUGAAGUCCUUUGUGGGAGGAAACCAACGAUUACAAAUGACGGUGUUCAGGACGAACUAGAUAAGAUCAUCAAUCCUGAUUUAAGGAAACAAAUGGACCCACAAUCGUUGGAACUCUUCACAGACAUAACUUAUAAAUGCUUGAAUCAACAACUUGUGCAGCGUCCAACUAUGGAUCAUAUUGUCAAAGAACUUGAGGAGGUGUUGGAACUUCAAUUGAAACAUGCAAAUCUUGAACACUCGAUAGCUGCAGAUGGAGGUACAUCAUCCAACAACUCGAAGAUCGAGUUUUUGAAGAUCCCACUUAGGGAAAUAAGGCGAGCCACAAAUGAUUUUGAUGAAGCAGGCUCUGUUGGGUGUGGUGGGUACGGCAUAGUUUACAAGGCAAAACUUGACGUUUUAGACAUCCAAAGUUUGUCAUCUUUAGAAGGGAAGUGUAAAGAUGAACUGCGCAAGAUAAACAAAACUGUGGCCAUAAAGCGCAUAUUUAGUAGAGAAGACGAGCAAGGUAAACAAGGGUUUUUAACAGAAAUUGAAUUGCUUACUAGCUGUAAGCAUUCAAAUAUAGUAUCUCUCCUUGGAUUUUCUAGAGAAGCUCGUGAAAUGAUUCUUGUCUACGAGUAUGCUUUUAAAGGAAGCCUUAGUGAUUAUUUGGGAAGCAAUAGUAAAACGGUUACACUUACUUGGGCACAAAGAUUACAGAUUUGCCUUGAUAUUGCACAUGGAAUUAAUUACCUUCAUACCAACACAGAGGGAAAACCAAGGAUAAUACAUCGAGACAUAAAGAGUGAGAACAUUCUGUUAGAUGAAAAUCUGAACGCAAAGAUUGCCGACUUUGGUCUCUCAAAGUUCCAUCCUAUGAAGCAACAAGCUAGCACUAUUUAUACAAAAAAUAUUGCAGGCACAGAGGUGUACAUGGAUCCAGAGUAUUUGACUACAUUCAAAUAUAAAAAGGAAUCGGAUAUUUAUUCAUUUGGAGUCGUUUUAUUUGAGGUCCUAUCCGGGAGGAUGGCCUAUGACCCAAUUUACCUUGGUGAAUAUGACAUGGGCCUUGCACCCAUUGCAAGGAGACGCUUCAAUGAGGGAACGUUAAAGGAAUUGAUAGAUCCUAAAAUGUUAGAAGGAGAUGAUGAUCACAUUUUUACUUUAAAUAGAGGACCCAAUCAAGAUUCUUUGGACACUUAUUCUAAAAUUGCAUAUCAAUGUUUGGCAGAAACUCAAGGCAAACGUCCAACAAUGGAAGUUAUAAUCAAGGAACUUCAAAAUGCAUUGAACUUGCAAGGGGAUACCAUGGAACUCUCAAGAUUUGAACUCAGUGAUAUAGUGUUGGCUACGGAGAACUUUGCUGAAACAUACUGCAUUGGUGUAGACUCUAAUGGGAUGGUGUACAAAGCUGAACUUGAGCAUUUUGGCAACGAUAGUUCGUUGGAAACACAAGGGAAGGAUAAUGGUGAACCAUCCAAGAAACGCAUUACCGUGGCUAUAAAACGCAUCACUAGUAGAAAAGGUGUGCAAGGAAAAGAAGGAUUCUUUUCAGAACUUGAAAUGCGUGCUCGUUAUAAGCAUCCAAAUAUAGUUUCUCUUCUUGGCUUUUGUGAUGAAGGUGAUGAAAUGAUCCUUGUCUACGAGCAUGCUUCUGAGGGAAGCCUCGGUGACUGUUUGAAAAACGUUAGCAACAUGAAUAAUCUUACAUGGACCCACCGUCUACAGCUAUGCCUUGAGAUUGCACGAGGACUCGAUCACCUUCACACUAAGAUGGACAUCCUACAUGGUGACAUAAGUAGUCCCAACAUUCUGUUAGACAAGAACAAGGCGGCAAAGAUUGCUUACUUUGGGAUCUCUAAGUUACAUCCAACAAAUCAAGAGGCGGGCGUGAAAGUGUUCAGGGAUCCAGAAUAUGAAACAACGGAUCCAGGAUAUGAAACAUGGGAUCCAGAAUAUGAAACAACAGGCGAAUUGAAAAGAGAGUCGGAUGUUUUCUCUUUUGGAGUGGUUCUUUUUGAAAUCUUUUCUUGGAAGUUGGCGUAUGACCCAGGUUACGUAGUAGUAAAUGACAAAAGGCUUGCACGCCAAAGCAUCAAUAUUGACGGAAUGAUACAGAGACUAAUAGAUCCUAAGCUAAAGGAAGAAACUGACAAAAUCACUUCAAAUGGAGGACCCGAUAAAGGUUCUUUGUACGCAUUUUUUAAAGUUGCAUGUCGAUGUGUUGGAGAAGCUUCUCAGCUCCCUAUGGCAACCGUCAUUAAAGAACUUGAGAGAGCAUUACACUUACAUAAUAAAUCCACAAACCCCGACGAAAAUAAAGAAUGACAGAUUCUUAAAAGGCUGAAGAAAUGUACUUCAUUUCCAAUCAAAUAGUGGUGCGAUAUUGUCACGUACAUCACCUUUCAAGUCUAUUGCAAGGACGUGAGAUGCUCAAACGCGAAGAAAGAUUGUUCAAGGAAGCAUAUGGGUGGAUCAGUGGAUGUGUAACUUCAUUUCCUGUCAUGUGAUUCGCUAUGGAUACUAAUGUUUGGUUCGGUGUGAUCUUGGUGUUUGGUUUAGAUGCGUGAUAACUAGUCACUUGUGUUCUAAACCAUUUUGUAAUAUUAAUCAACUAUAUGUAAAGAUUACCCGAAAAUAUGAUCCCAAAGUUUCCAAAGUA